UCCAACAGUUCCCAGAAAGCCCUGCCAAGGGAAGGCGCCAAGACGCCUUUCCACCAGUGGACUACAACACCCAGGAUGCUUUGCUACACUACCUUUGCUAGGUCCAGCCGGGGCGCCUGCAGCUGCGCAAGCGCAGAGGGAUAUGCCAUUUGAGGACUCCAUUGUCCAGCACGCACUGCCUUUUAGAGGACUCCUGCUUCAGGCGAGGGUUGUGGAGUUCUCGGAUGGGAGUCUGAAGGGGUCGGCAAACUCCGUUACCCAGUUUCCUUUGUGCGAAGGCUGUGGCGCACUUCCGGUGGAAGCGCGGAAGGCAAGGGGGCGGGAUUUGCUGAGCCAGGGGGCGGUAGGCGGUGCUGCCGGUAGCUGCUGGGUGCUGUCCAAAGGCGACUGGGCGUCGGUGGAGGAGGUAACCGUGACCGGUCGUACUGCACGGACGGAGCACGGACGGAGCUUUGGCCACUCUUUGACGGCGUACGGCCUCCCCUUGAUGUCGGCCCUCGAGAAGAGCAUGCACCUCGGCCGCCUGCCCUCUCGCCCUCCUCUACCCGGCAGCGGGGGCAGUCAGAGCGGAGCCAAGAUGCGAAUGGGCCCUGGAAGGAAACGGGACUUUUCUCCUGUUCCUUGGAGUCAGUACUUUGAGUCCAUGGAAGACGUGGAAGUAGAGAAUGAGACUGGCAAGGAUACUUUUCGAGUUUACAAGAGUGGUUCCGAGGGUCCGGUCCUGCUCCUUCUGCAUGGAGGAGGCCAUUCUGCCCUUUCCUGGGCUGUGUUCACGGCAGCAAUUAUUAGUAGAGUUCAGUGUAGGAUUGUGGCUCUGGAUCUUCGAAGUCAUGGAGAAACAAAAGUCAAGAAUUCUGAAGACCUGUCAGCAGAAACAAUGGCAAAAGAUGUCGGCAAUGUGGUUGAAGCCAUGUAUGGGGACCUCCCUCCUCCAAUUAUGCUGAUUGGGCAUAGCAUGGGCGGUGCCAUUGCAGUGCACACAGCAUCGUCUAACCUGGUGCCAAGCCUCUUGGGCCUGUGUAUGAUUGAUGUCGUGGAAGGUACAGCCAUGGAUGCUCUCAAUAGCAUGCAGAAUUUCUUGCGUGGUCGUCCUAAAACCUUCAAGUCUCUGGAGAAUGCUAUUGAGUGGAGUGUGAAGAGUGGUCAGAUUCGAAACCUAGAGUCUGCCCGUGUCUCAAUGGUUGGCCAAGUCAAACAGUGUGAAGGAAUUACAAGUCCAGAAGGCUCAAAAUCUAUAGUAGAAGGAAUCAUAGAGGAAGAAGAAGAGGAUGAAGAAGGAAGUGAGUCAGUAAACAAGAGGAAAAAGGAAGAUGACAUGGAGACCAAGAAAGAUCAUCCGUAUACCUGGAGAAUUGAACUGGCAAAAACAGAAAAGUACUGGGAUGGCUGGUUUCGGGGCUUAUCCAAUCUCUUUCUUAGUUGUCCUAUUCCUAAAUUGCUGCUCUUGGCUGGUGUUGAUAGAUUGGAUAAAGAUCUUACCAUAGGCCAGAUGCAGGGGAAGUUCCAGAUGCAGGUCCUACCCCAGUGUGGCCAUGCAGUCCAUGAGGAUGCCCCUGACAAGGUAGCAGAAGCCGUGGCCACGUUCCUGAUCCGGCACAGGUUUGCAGAGCCUAUUGGAGGAUUCCAGUGUGUGUUUCCUGGCUGUUAGUGACCUGCUGUCCAUCCUUCCCUCUACAUUGAGCUCUGUUGUAAAUACAUCGCACCAGAGGCCACUGUGAUGCCGCUGUCUCCUCACCAUCUUGCCCAGCCAUGUGACACCGGCUCCCUGUAUAUGGGCAUCCCCAGAUGUAUAAACCCUUUCGUGUAUUCCUGUCAAAAGCAUUGUUUUCCUGGGCCCUUGUCCAAUGUUGGCCUGCCCAGUCUGGGGUCCCCAGCUCUUACCCCUUCCCUCUGACUAUUCUCCCUGCUGUGCCUAGGAUCAAGCCUCCAGAGCUACCACCUUGGGUAUUCCUGGCAUCAGGCAAUGCACCUGGGUCCAAAUGUCUCCUCAGGCUCAGGGACCUCCAUUCCUUGAGAUUGUUCUCGGCAUGGUCUUGCCCUACCUCAUGGGAUGGGCAAUGCACCACUGGUCCUUAUUUUUUCCUUUCAAAUAAAACCCCAGUCAGGUAUCUGUGUCCCAGUUUUACUCUUCCAAGUCUGGAAGAUCCAGAGAGGCCAGAAUCCCAGCCUUGGGUACAAGGAGGGGUGGUAGAUAGCAAGCAUCCCAAGAAACCAGCCUGCAAACCAGGUCCAGCCAGUCCAAGCACAUGGCUUCCCAUCUGGGCGAGCCCACUGUCCCACUCCCACACGUCUGGGCACCUGCCCUGGGCUGAGGCCAGGCUGCUCCAGGGGUCUCUUGGGUCCUUAUCUGCCACAGAGCAACCCAGGUUAAAUACAGCCCACGCACAAAACCACAGGCAACAGCCGGUGGAAUUGUUUUUAAUGACUGAAUUUAACCAUUUUCAUAGUUGGUUCCUGGAGGUGUGCAGAAUGCCCACUUGCCUCUUCUAGACCCACAGCUCGUUACCACUUGUGGUUUUCAUAGCACCCUACGUAAACACAUUACAGCCUAAUAUCCCAGUCUCUGCCCUCAUCCAGCUGCCUCGUCACAGCACUGCGGCCUCCUCUUGCUGCCCAGGCAUGCCAUUUCCACAGGCAGGUAGGGCAGUCCCCUGAAGCCCAUCUUCCGUGACUGUCUUAGGUGAUGUGUAACCCUCUCCAUCUUUCACCUAACAACUUCCUAUCCCUGUCCUGCUGCAUGGUCCAGAGUCCGGGACCUACUUUGUUUCUUUGUUAUUUAUGACCUUGUUUAAAGAAAAUAAAUAUCUCCCAACCUUUAUUCAUCUA